CGCGGAGGCGGCGGCACCGAGGGACGCGGCCAUGGCGCGCUGCUGCGCGGCGCUGGGCGCCUGCCUGUUCGAGUACGACACGCCGCGCAUCGUGCUCAUCCGCAGCCGCAAAGUGGGGCUCAUGAACCGCGGGGUGCAGCUGCUCAUCCUGGCCUACGUCAUCGGGUGGGUGUUCGUGUGGGAGAAGGGCUACCAGGAGACGGACUCCGUGGUCAGCUCAGUCACCACCAAAGCCAAGGGCGUGGCCGUCACCAACACCUCAGCCCUGGGGUUCCGGGUCUGGGACGUGGCCGACUACGUGAUUCCGGCCCAGGAGGAGAACUCAAUCUUCAUCAUGACCAACCUGAUCAUCACCACAAACCAGACGCAGGGCCUCUGUCCUGAGAUGCCGGACAGGACCACCGUGUGUGAGUCGGACGCCAGCUGCACCGCUGGCUCUGCGGGCACCCACAGCAACGGCGUCCAGACAGGAAGGUGUGUGCACUUCAACAAGACCCUGAAGACGUGCGAGGUGGCAGCCUGGUGCCCGGUUGAGGAUGACUCGGAGGUGCCACGGCCCGCGUUCUUAAAGGCUGCAGAAAACUUCACCAUUCUGGUGAAGAACAACAUCUGGUACCCCAAGUUUAAUUUCAGCAAGAGGAACAUCCUCCCCAACAUCACCACCGCCCACCUCAAGUCCUGCACGUACGACGCGGCAACCGACCCCUUCUGCCCCAUAUUCCGCCUCGGCAAGAUGGUGGAGUCCGCGGGACACAGCUUCCAGGACAUGGCCAUGGAGGGAGGCAUCCUGGGCAUCCACAUCCGCUGGGCCUGCAACCUGGACCGAGCCGCCGCCCUCUGCCUGCCCCGGUACUCCUUCCGCCGCCUGGACACGCGCGACCCUGGCCACAACGUGUCUCCCGGCUACAACUUCAGGUUUGCCAAGUACUACCGGGACCCCAUGGGCACGGAGCGCCGCGUGCUCACCAAGGCCUACGGCAUCCGCCUGGACGUCAUCGUGUUUGGAAAGGCCGGGAAGUUCAACAUCAUCCCUACCAUGAUCAACGUGGGCUCGGGCUUGGCGCUCUUGGGGGUGGCCACAGUGCUGUGCGACAUCAUCGUCCUCUACUGCAUGAAGAAGAAGCUCUACUACCGCGAGAAGAAAUACAAAUACGUGGAGGACUACGAGCAGGGUCUCGGCGACCAGCUGGACCAGUGACGCCCCGGCCAGCUCCCCAGCAACCAGGCGGGACACGGCUGCCGGUCACUCCGACGAAGGGCCAGGCUGGGUCCUGCUGACUCCGUCCCCCUCGGGCUUCCAGGUGGCCAGCGCCCACUUCCUGUAGGGUCGACCUGGGGUGGCCCACGGGUCUCCCCUGCUGUUGCUGCAACUGGGGGCCGGGGCGACCCUGGGCGCCUGGCCGGCACUGCGGGGCAGUGGCCAGGCCCGGCCAAGCCCAGCGUCUGCACUGCUGCCCCUCUGCUGCGCAGUCCCGAGCCCACCGCCGCGCCCAAGGAAGGACCCUGGGGGUCGUGCCCGCGGCUGCGGCUCUGCUUCCCUGGCCGGGGCUCCCUCUGCCCUGUGGGGACCCUGUUCUUUGCCCCAAGCAGAGCCCGUUGAGAUGAUUAAGGACCAAACAUUAAAACAGACGAUGCCCUUGCC